AACAUUGUUGUAUAUUAUGUUGUCAAAAUCUCACGUGUAUAACAGAUAAUGACACUCGCAAAAUGAAGCACUGCAAAGUUAAACAAAUAUGUGCAUUUUUGACAUUUAUAUAUUUCUUGGGAGUCGGGGGACAACAUGGUGAAAUAGCGGUUCCCUCUGAUGGACCGAUCAUCUCUAUAUGUGGUAUCCCAGGAUAUGACGUCAGUAAUCUCACGAGGGCAGAUUUCUGGGUAUUUGCUCAGAGCGGUGUUUGCCUAGGGGGCAAUGCAACGGACUAUUGUGCCUUCUACUUGGCCUUUUGUAAGCCAUUGCUCUUGGACACAAAUUGUUCUGGAGAGAGUGCUUGUCAGCAAAACUCAAGUGGGGCAUUCAGCAUUGGAGGCUACGAUGUAACGGGCCCAUUCAAGGAAAGUAAUGAUUAUGAGGGCUUCUACACAAAAUUCACAAAUGGUGCACCUACGCACAACAGCAACCAUGAACCCUGCAACGUCUCGAGUACAAUACAAUUUUCAUGUAAUAGGGAUGUAGGGUGGCUGCCCAUUGAGAGACCUGGACCUAACCCAGUGCCCUCCCAAGUACCUGGGCAGAUCUACGUGUAUUAUAACCACGAAACGUGCAAUUAUUUAAUGACAUUUGAGUUUGCUGGGGCAUGCUCUCUAGUACCUUUGCCCGUCAGGUUUCUGAGCAUUGGGUCCAUGCUUAUCCUCAUCUGUCUUGCAAGUUUUAUAUUAUACUUCUCACUUGGAGCUCUGUAUAACUCACUCCGAGGAAAAACAGGAAGAGACGUUCCGCCCAAUGCUGCUUUUUGGGACGACCUUCCAUAUUUGGUUUGGGAUGGGGUGAAGUUCUCAUAUAGUUCUAUCAGAAACAUUGGGAACCACAAGGAACAAACAAAAUAUGAACCGAUAGAGGGAGACUGAUGUAGCAUUAGCAGUUGAAAGCCAUGCUCAAGUUCUCAAGUACAAUCCAAAUGUAACAUUCGAACCCUUAAAUGAACAAUUCGAGUGAGUUAUGCAGUAUAUAGAGUACAUCAUGUAGUAUUUCAUAUCUCGGACACUAAACCAUUUUCAGGAUUCUACGAAAUUAUGUAAAUAUGUAUUAUAGUUCUUUUUUGUAAUAAUGUUAAUAUUUCAAAUAGAGGUUGUAUACAGGGUGGUCAAAAACUGCAGCCCUGCAUUUGUCCUGAUAUCUUUGUCAUUUUGCUAUUUGGCACAUUCGUAUCUCAUUUAGUUUGAAAUUGUAUUUAGGGAAUACACUUCAUUGUAAAUGUUAUGGUCAUGGAAUAUGUAGGAUGGUAGGUUAACUGAAUGAUGUACAAAUGUACCAAAUAUUUUUGAGUAAUUUCCUAAGUUGAUAAAGAUAUUCGAGUUUCUUGUCCACCCUGUAUUACAGAAGAAACGCCAUCAUAUCGACCAAGGAUUUAGACCGAUUGUCAAUUUGAUUGAGGAUUCGGAAAUGGAUAUGAUACGGUAUUAAUUACA